AGAUGGCGGCGCCCUGCCGGUCCGAGGCGUGAGGGACACACAUACACGCGAGCCGCCCCUUGGCUGGAACUCGGGCCCCGAGCCUUCUUAUCUCUUUUCUCUUGGGGCUUUCAACAAAAGCUGCAAAAUGUGGUUCAUUUACCAUAGAUGUCUCAUGUGCCCCAAACACUGGAGAAGACAAUUACAUGGAUCAUUCAGCCCAGUUAAGUGGGAGAAAGGGCUAAUUCCAAGAUUCAUUCGGUCCAUAUUCAGUGAAACCGGGAAGUGGGAAACAAGCUAUAAAGUGGAAACUAGGAAGGAAGUUGAAAGCUGGUGGCGUUCCAGAAUAAAGGAGCAGUUCGACCAAACUUCAGAAAUAGAUAAAUCAAGGCCAAAGUUUUAUGUCCUGUCAAUGUUUCCAUAUCCUUCUGGGAAGCUGCAUAUGGGCCAUGUUCGAGUCUACACCAUAAGCGACACGAUAGCACGGUUUCAGAAAAUGAGAGGAUUUCAGGUGAUAAAUCCAAUGGGAUGGGAUGCGUUUGGAUUACCUGCAGAGAAUGCGGCAAUUGAUCAUGGCUUGCAUCCAGCAGACUGGACACAAAGUAAUAUUCGGCACAUGCGAAAGCAGCUUGAAGCGUUAGGCUUGUAUUUUAGUUGGGAUCGGGAAAUAACCACUUGUUUGCCAGAGUACUAUAAGUGGACACAGUAUCUUUUUAUUAAGCUUUAUGAAGCGGGGUUAGCCUAUGAAAAUGAAGCAAUGGUUAAUUGGGAUCCUGUGGAUCAGACUGUUCUUGCUAAUGAACAGGUGGAUGAAAAUGGCUGUUCGUGGCGUUCGGGAGCAAAAGUGGAAAAGAAAUACCUCAAACAAUGGUUCAUUAAAACAUCUGCCUAUGCAAAGGCUUUGCUCGAUGGUUUGUCAGAUCUCCCCAAGUGGUAUGGAAUAAAGGAAAUGCAAGCUCAUUGGUUAGGAGACUGUGUUGGAUGCUAUUUUGAGUUCAUGCUAAAGACUAAUAAUAACCCUACAGGAGAGACGAUAUCAGCCUAUGCAUGCGCACCUGAAGCCAUUUAUGGCGCAUCCCAUUUACAUAUCUUGCCUAAUCAUAGACUGCUACAUGGAAAUAGCUGUUUAAAGGAAAUCUUCCAGAAGGAGCUUGUCCCAGGAAAAGAGUCUCUUACUUCAGUGACAGCUCUGAACUUGCUCACCAGUCAAGAGAUUCCUGUAGUCAUUUCUGCAAAAUCUGAGUUUGAAGGCUCUGUCGAUACUAAAAUAGGAAUCCCUUGCAUUAAACCAGAUGAUGCUGAAGUUGCCAGGAAUUUGGGUCUGUCGUUUGAGGAAGUAAUUGAAACGCUGCCGGAUGGUUCAGAGAGACUGAUCAACUCCAGAGAGUUCACAGGUAUGAGUAGACAGCAAGCGUUAAAUGCCAUCACUCAACAAGCCAAAAAUAAAGGAGUAGGAGGACACUUAACAAGCAGUAAAUUGAAAGAUUGGCUGAUCUCGCGGCAGCGUUAUUGGGGGACACCUAUUCCAAUCAUCCACUGCCAGAGUUGUGGUCCUCUUCCCGUCCCUUACGAAGACUUACCUGUGCAAUUGCCCAGUGUCACAUCCUUUACAGGAAAGGGCGGCUCGCUUUUGGCUUCUGCUUCACACUGGGUAAACUGCUUGUGUCCGAGGUGCAAGCAGCCUGCAAAAAGGGAAACGGACACCAUGGAUACAUUUGUUGAUUCAGCUUGGUAUUACUUAAGGUACACUGAUCCUCAUAAUUCUGAGAGACCUUUUCACAAAGACUUGGCAGAUUACUGGAUGCCUGUCGACCUGUACAUUGGAGGAAAGGAGCAUGCAGUUAUGCAUUUGUACUAUGCCAGAUUCUUCAGCCAUUUUUGCCAUAAUCAGAAGAUGACUAAACACAGAGAGCCUUUUCAUAAACUCUUAGUUCAAGGUAUUGUCAAGAAUCGGACUUUCAGAGUAUCAACAACUGGGCAGUAUUUGAAGAGAGAAGAAAUUGAUCUUACUGGUCCUGAACCUGUUCACAUAAAAACCAAAGAGAAGCUACAAGUGAUGUGGGAAAAAAUGAGUAAAUCCAAGCACAAUGGUAUAGAGCCUGAAGAAAUGGUCCAGAAGUAUGGAAUUGAUACAGUCAGACUCUACAUCCUGUUUGCUUCCCCUCCAGAGCAGGACAUCUUGUGGGAUGCAAAGACUGAUGCAAUCCCUGGGGUGGAAAGAUGGCAAUCUCGCCUCUGGAACUUAGCAACCAAAUUUAUUGAAGCUAGGAAUUCUGGAACUCUGCCAAGUCCACAGCUACUGAAUCAGAAAGAGAAAGCUGAAGCCAAGCGUAUCUGGGAGCAGAAGAACAGCACUGUCUCUGAGGUAACCGAAUUCUUCCAGGAUGAUUUCUCAUUUCAUACCGCAAUUGCUCGACUGAUGGGCCUCAGUAACACUUUGUCACAAGCCUCACAGCCAGUUGUUCUUCACAGUGCAGAAUUUGAAGAUGCUUUGGCAGCUCUCUUUGUCAUGCUUGCCCCAAUGGCCCCCCACAUAAGUUCAGAGAUCUGGAAAGGCUUGUCUCACGCUCAAAACAAACUUUGCACUCACCAUCUCUGGCACAUGGACGUAUUGCAGCAGUCCUGGCCUACGGUGGACCCAAAGUCUGAACAGCUGCCAGAAAUAGUGCAAGUCUCCGUUCUGAUCAACAACAAACCCUAUGGAAAAGUUGGUGUACCUCAACAAGUAUCCCGAGACGCAGAAGUAGUUCGUGAACUGGUUGUUCAAAGUAAGCUGGGGACUGAAUAUCUCCAAGGACGCACCAUUAAAAAGUUCAUAUUGUCUCCUAGAACUGCGCUUGUCAACUUCCUUAUCCAGGAAUAGUUGGUAGCCGUAUUUUCUUAAAACUGCCUGUUUAUCACUUUCCAUUAAAGUGGGGAGAAAGAAACUCGACCAUAUUCUCCAACCAAGAUGCUGCAGAGGGCAAAAAAAUUAAAGCACUGAGUGAUAAAGAAGCAAAAGCUAACUUGUAUAUAAUCAAUGAACACGAGCACUUCUGCAAAUAUUUCUCUGGAAAUCAUGU